CAAGUCAACUUCAUCAACGCACUCCCCACCGGCUAUACCGUCUUCAUGCGUGUCGAAUACACCAGCACCAGCGAGAAAGAUCCUUCUUUCCGCAUGGCUUAUGUGUUUGGACAUCCCAGUGGUGGCACUUUUGAUUCGAUGAGGUCGUUUUCUAGACAUGUGCUUGGAAUUCUUCAGGAUAGUGUCGGUGUUUGCAAUUGUCGUCUUUGU